UUGUCACAUGAUACAGCAUGUUGAUUUUUUCUGACAUUCUUCUCGCAUGCAACACAUCGAAAGGCCAUUGUGAAUAAUUGUGAUCUGACAUCACCAGGUUAGGCCUCUUAAAUCAAAGUCGGGGAGUAAACUGGAGUAGGGGGCUAAUUUCUAAGGCACGAUGCAGCAGCAGCCACCGCCCUACCAAGGCCCGGGGGCGGUCCCCCAGCAGCAACCCUACCCAGGCCCGGGGGCGGUCCCCCAGCAGCCUUAUUACCCCCCUCCCAUGAUGCCGAUGCAGCAGCAGCAGCAAUCGACCAACGUCGUUGUCGUCAAUGCCGGUGCAGCUGCCCCAGCAACUACCGUCGUGGUUCACAAGAGAGGAGUGAAUCAUUGCCUGCAUUUUUGCAUCACGCUGUUCUUCUUCCCGUGGGUGAUCGUGUGGAUCAUUCUGUGUAUCACUGACGACUCGUAGAUGUACCAGACAACCUGCAGUCACCUGUGAUCGCUUUCAAGUGUGCUAACUUCGUUUGAAUCUAAAUACUUUCUAUAGUUUUAGUGCUAUAUAAUUUAUAAAGCAUGUUUGGUAAAUGUAUAAUCCCGACAAAUUCCGAUUUUUUAUAUUAACACCCCUGUUAUGAUUAUUCGUGCCUUAACUGUGCCUUUGGCUAACUCACUUGCGGUUCGAAAUGGUUUCCCAGCAGUCCGAGAUAUUUAAAGAAAAAAUGUCUAAGUGGGUUUUGAAUCUCUUGUGAAUAUUUUUUCUGGCGAUGGAAAAGAUCGUUGAUUAGCAGACCCAUGAGCUUCCCUUUGUACAUACGCGUACACAAUCUGUCGUUGAUGAAAGUAACCUGAAUUAAUUUGUUUUAUAUUUUGCUAUUUACAUUUUGACAACGACCCGUGAAGAUCCGGAAUGCCGUAAAAGGCGACUAUGCUUGUCGUAAGAGGCGACUAACGGGAUGGGAUGGUCAGGCUCGCUGGCUUGGUCGAUGCAUGUCAUCGUAUCCCAACUGCAUGGAUCGAUGCUCAUGAUGUCAAUCACUGGAUUGUCUGGAUUUACAGACCACCUUCAUAUAGCUGGAAUAUUGCGGCGUUAAACAACAAACACCAACAACAAAGAUCGAACAUUUACACAUGCACCAAUGCAAAUAACACAUCAGACGCACCAGUUAUUGUUUAUGUCAACGGGACGGCAGUGUUGACUUCAUGCGAAUCUUACAACGUCAUAGCUGAAGAUUGAAGUGUUGACGUUAUUUGACAUUUGUGGUGUCAUAAGACGUCGGUCGUAAUCAGUGCAUAGUUGUCUGAGUUCAAAAGGGUUAAGAAAUAAUGGUAAAUAAAGAAGCUUUUAUACUUG